GGGGUGCUUAGGGCUGGGGAGAAGCUUCUUGGAGAGGCUGAGCCCUGAGACUUGGUUUGGAGAGAAAAUCCAGCCUUACUGGAAGAAAAAUGGGGCAUGUGGACUGCUUUGAGAAGCCACCUUCGAAACAGGAUUGUGAACGGGAUGGUGCGCUCAAGAAGAACAUAUUUAGAGCUAAUUCGGUAUUCAUCGUUGCAGGAGAAAAUCUCACUGAAGUGACUGAGACCUCAAAUGCUGAAUGGAUUAAAUGUUCCCCGAGACACUAACCGCCCACAAGAAUCGACAAAAAUCCCCUCCGCGGACCGGCCCGGGACAAUGAGCGGAAACGCAACCCAGCUGGACAACGAGACCCUCCUGAUGCUCCAAAAUCGCGCCAUCGCCAUCACCCUGCCGGUGGUCUACUCCCUCGUGGCCGUCAUCAGCAUCCCCGGGAACCUCUUUUCCCUGUGGCUCCUCUGCCGCCACACCAAGCCCAAGAGCCCCUCGGUCAUCUUCAUGAUCAACCUGGGCAUCACGGACCUCCUGCUGGCCGCGUUUCUCCCCUUUCAGAUCUUCUACCACAUCCACCACAACGACUGGAUCUUCGGGAAGACCCUCUGUAACCUGGUGACGCUGAUGUUCUACUCCAACAUGUACUCCUCCAUCCUCACCAUGACCCUCAUCAGCGUCGAGCGGUACCUCGGGGUCGUCCACCCCAUGUCCUCCUCCCGCUGGAGGAAGAACCGUUACGCCGUGGGGGCCCUCGUGGCCAUGUGGACCCUCCUGCUGGCCACCCUGUCCCCGCUGAUCCUCACCGACCUGACCUACGAAGUCAAGGCCCUGGGGGUGGUCACCUGCUUCGACGUGCUCAAGUGGACCAUGCUGCCCAACUUCGCCGCCUGGGUGGUCUUCCUCUUCUCGCUCUUCAUCGUGCUCUUCCUCAUCCCCUUCGGGGUGACGGUGGUCUGCUACGUGGCUACCAUCCGCAAGCUGGUCCGGGUCUCGGGCCGGGACGGGCACGGGCAGACGAGGAGGUCCGUGAAGCUGGCCGGGAUCGUCCUCCUGGUGUUCGUCACCUGCUUCGCGCCCAACAACUUCGUCCUCCUGGCCCACAUGGUCAACCGCCUGUUCUUCCAAAAGAGUUACUACCACAUCUACAAGCUGACCCUCUGCCUCAGCUGCCUGAACAACUGCCUGGACCCCUUCGUCUACUACUUCGCCUCCAAGGAAUUCUACCAGACGUUCCGGAACGUCAUCGGGAGCAACAGGAGCCGCAGCGACAGCUCGGAAAACCGCCGCGAGAGCGUCUUCUCCGGGCAGGCAAUGUCGCUUCGGUCCACGUCCAGCGGCCAAGGAGACGGGCCGGAGCCGAGGAGCCACGCUUCUCUGAUGGGACGAGAGAGUGUGUUUUAG